CUGAAACACUUUUUGUUCCGACACAAUAUAAAGUUGUCAUUAAAUUGUUGUAGCAAACAAACUCUUGAGGAAGGUUCUAGCAGCGUCUUGAGAAGAAGAAGAAGAUGAUUAUUCCCGUUCGAUGUUUCACUUGUGGAAAGGUCAUUGGAAACAAAUGGGACUCUUACCUGGACUUUCUUCAAGCAGAUUACACUGAAGGAGAUGCACUGGAUGCGUUGGGUCUGGUUCGGUAUUGUUGCAGGCGCAUGCUUAUGACCCAUGUUGAUCUCAUUGAGAAACUAUUGAACUAUAACACUAUGGAGAAGGCUGAAGCCAGUUAGGAACUACUGAUUACCAAGAGAUGUCUGUUACUUGCAUGUCCCUGUCCUUUAAACUGUUUUCCAAGCAGUUAUAGCUAGUAAAGUUAGGAAGUAUUUGUGGUUAUUAGGAGGCAACUGUAAGAUGCAGCUUAUGUUAAGUACUUUUUAAACUUUAGUAAUGUGUGAUGCAAAGCUGUGUGUUAUUGACUGAUAUGUAAGACUAAAUUGUAGAAAACUGACAGCUUUUUAUGAAAAUGGGAUUAUUAUGAA